GUCCGGAAGUGAUCGGGCUUUAUGGACAGCUCAGAUGUUUUACUCUAUGAUUCCGGUCUUUUACUUUUGUUUUUGUGAAGGCAACCGAAACUUUGUGAAUUAUUAUACAUUAACCAAUCGCCGGAAUGUGUUUGUAUAACGUGUAUUGUACACGGAGACAGUGACGCAGCUGGAAACUGGAUAAAAUUGUAGUUGCCAUGAGAAUUUACUAGCUAGUAGGCUAACAGGCUAAAGGAGUCUACCAGCUGCCUGGGGGUUAGGUUUGUGUACAAUUUAGUUUAGAAACUAGUCAAAACGAGAGGAUGAAUGAGAGGCUGAGGGAAUCUGUUUGUAUUCUCCAGCGGUAAUGGGCUGCGGGUUCAUUCCAUUCCGGUAACAGUGAUGUAAAGGAUAUUGGGAAGAUAAGUGCUGUUACUGGACUUUUAACUAGUCGAUUUUGUGGUCUUAAAAAUGGAGGAUAAGUACAGCAGCAACGUACUCUCAGGGAGCAAACUGGGCAUGGUGGAAGUGCCCGAUUCCAGGUUAACCAGGUACAUAGUUUUACUGAUCAUCUCGAAGGUCCUCAAGGCUCUUGGGAUCUUUGAAUCGUAUGAUAUCCUCAAAGUUGUUCACAUAGUUCAGUUCAUCUUCAUAUUAAAAUUAGGGAGUGCUGUUAUUCUGCUGUUCUUUCAAAAGCCUUUUUCGUCUGGAAAAGUCAUCUCAAAAAGACAGUGGAUAAAAUUACUAAAACACGCUAUUUUCAGCUGUGUUAUAUCCCUCCUGGGCUUCUUUGGUCUAACUCUCUGUGGACCUCUAAGAACGCUAUUACUUUUUGAGCACAGUGAUGUGGUGGUCAUUGCUCUCCUUGGUGUCUUGUUCACCAACUCGGGAGGAGGACCAGCCAAGACCAGAGGCGCUGCUUUCUUCAUCAUUGCUGUGAUCUGCCUCCUCCUCUUUGACAAUGAUGAUCUCAUGGCAAAGAUGGCCGAGCACCCUGAAGGACACCAUGACAGUGCCCUCACUCAUUUCCUCCACACUGCUAUUUCCUUCUUAGGCGUUGCAGAUCACAAAGGUGGUGUUGUGCUACUGGUGGCUUCCCUAUGUCUAAAAGUAGCCUUCCACACGGCCUCCAGGAAGUUAUCGGUGGAAAUAGGCGGAGCUAAGCGUCUCUAUGCUCUCGAUAACUUGGUGUCUGCCAUGGUGCUGCUGCCUUGGGUCAUCGUGCUCUCAGCCACCACUGAAAGCAAAGUCGAAUCGUGGUCGUCCCUCAUCCUGCCUUUUGCCAUGAUCAUCUUCUCCGUCAUAAUCCUGGAGUUUUACGUCGAGGCCAUCUGCAGCGCGAAGAUGGAAACGCCGCGGUGCGCUCGCUACGGCGCCAUCGCCCUCUUCCUCAGCGCGCUGCUGCUGGCCAACUUCUGGACUCACCCGCUGACAGACCAGCUGCGAUCCAUGAGCAAACCGCCCCAGCAGGUCAGCACAGAGCAUGUGCUCUCUGGAGGGGUGCUAGUGAGCGCCGUCUUCUUCAUUAUGUCAUCCAGUAUUCUUGCAUCUCCAUCAAAAAAAGGUCAGAAGGGGACCUUGGUGGGUUACUCACCUGAAGGGACACCUCUGUACAAUUUCAUGGGUGACGCUCUGCAGCACACGUCUCAGUCCCUUCCAAGAUUCAUCAAAGAUUCACUGAAACAGAUCCUGGAGGAAUAUGACUCCAGGCAGAUCUUCUACUUCUUGUGUCUUAAUCUGGCUUUCACCUUCGUGGAGCUGUUUUAUGGCGUCUGGACCAACAGCCUGGGACUAAUCUCUGAUGGCUUCCAUAUGCUGUUCGACUGCUCCGCUUUGGUACUGGGCCUGUUCGCUGCCCUCAUGACUCGCUGGAAAGCCACCAGGAUCUUCUCCUACGGGUACGGUCGUGUUGAAAUACUUUCUGGUUUCAUUAACGGCCUGUUCCUGAUGGUUAUCGCCUUCUUCGUCUUUAUGGAGUCAGUCACCCGCUUGUUGGAUCCCCCUAACAUAAACACAGAUAUGCUGACUCCGGUGUCUGUUGGAGGCCUGCUGGUCAACCUGGUGGGCAUCUGCGCUUUCAGUCACGCCCACUCGCACGGCGGCAAAAGCUGCUCGUCGCACGACCACGGUCACUCGCACCACGGCCACUCCCACAGCGAGCACGGCCACGGGGGACACGGACACUCUCACGGCGGGCACGGCGGACACGGCAGCCACGGCCACGGCAGCCACGGCAGCCACGGGCACGGCCACUCCCACGGCUCAGGAGGUGGAGGGAUGAACGCCAACAUGAGAGGAGUUUUUCUGCACGUCCUGGCUGACACGUUGGGCAGCGUUGGCGUCAUCAUCUCCACCAUCCUCAUCCGUCAGUUCGGUUGGCUGAUCGCUGACCCUAUUUGCUCGCUUUUCAUCGCCGUCCUCAUUUUUCUAAGUGUCAUCCCUCUGCUGAAAGACGCCUGCGAAGUUCUCCUUCUACGAACUCCCCCGGAGAACGAGAAGGACCUGAACAGCGCACUGGAAAAGAUCGAGAAGAUUGAAGGAGUUUUGUCGUACAGAGACCCUCAUUUCUGGAGGCAUUCAGCCAACGUGAUUGCCGGGACCAUCCACCUCCAGAUCAUGUCAGACGUGGUGGAGCAGAGGAUCGUUCAGCAGGUGACGGCCAUCUUGAAAGACGCCGGGGUGAAUAAUCUGUCGGUGCAGGUGGAGAAGGAGGCGUACUUCCAGCACAUGUCGGGCCUCAGCACCGGAUUUCAUGAAGUUCUGGCAAUGACCCAACAGAUGGAGUCCAUGAAGUAUUUGAACGACGGGACGCGUAUCCUGUAACGUUCAUCAAGUUGGACCAAAAAUAUUAAGGCUUUUUUUUUUUUUUUUCAUUGAAAUGUACAGUGUAAGUAUAUGGCUUGAAUAAAUCUGAAUAUAUUGGUUUUA